AUGGAGUACACCAGCCGCCCCGCCUCGCCCCCGUCGGGGUCCUGGGCCACCACCGCCACCACCGCCGUCCCCGCCGGCUGGUUCUCCGCCACCUCCGCCUGCCCCGGGGGCACGGCCGCAGCCCGGCACGGCGCGGCGGCGGGACAGCCCCAGCGGGCCGGCGGCCCCCAGCCUGCCGGCGGCGGCGGCGCGGUGGCCCCCAGCCCGGAGGGGAACAAAGGCAGCAGCAGGAGCGGUAGCAGCACCAGCAGUAGCGGCGGCGGCGGCGGCGGCUCCCGGUGGCGGCGGCAGCAGGAGCGGCUCGGGGCGGCCACCGGCUCCUCCGCCGCCGCCAUGGUGCCUCGGCGGCCGCCCCCCGGCCCGGGCGCACGGAGGUGGGCUCGGCGCUGCCCCCGCUCGCGCCGGCGAUGGCCGCCCCCUGCCCCGCCGCCGCCGCCGCUGCUGCUGCUGCCGGGGGUGGUGGCGGCUCCUCCCGCAGCCCCAACAUGGCUCCCGCCGCCCCGCCCCGCCGCGCCCUCCCCGCCCUGCGCCGCCAUCUUGAGCCCGGGCGAGCGGGCUGUGGCGAGCGCUCCGUGCCGCGGUGAGCCGGGCGCUCUGCGGAGCUCCCGUCCCCGGGCCGGCCGCACCGGGCACUGCCGGCUGCUCACUGCCGGCCCCGGAGCGGGCUGUGACCCCGCGGGCUCAGCGCUGCCGGCCAGGUGUUUGCGAGGAGCUGCACCGGCCGGCCCGGGGUGA